GAGAGAGUUGUGCUCACCCGGGGGACCCGCACAUAUGCCCCCUCAGAGUUUUGCAAAAAAGGUUCUCCACAAAGCAGUUGCACAAACCGCUUAACCAUUGAGCAUGCCCACCAUCUGCGAAUUGCGAAUUUGACCACGCGAUAGCGCAUAAGCCUCCGGCGAGAACCCCCUCUGCCUACAGGUUCUUCCUUGCAGCCGCGUGCGUGUAAAGUUCCUACCCCUAGCCGCAACACGGGGGGUUCCCGCACAUGUAUUGAAAGAGUACCUGCCUUGAGAGGGGCGUCACAUAAAGGAGGAAAUAUUUGGAGCGUCGCUUUAGUGCCUCUUCCGUUGUGCCUGCUUCGAAGCGCGUUUCUUUCCUCCCCGGGUUGGCGGCAGAAGCCAUAGAAGCUUUGGAAGCCAUAGAAGUUGCAGAAGCCGCACAAGUUGCUAACGCAGCCUAUGCAUUCAUGUGCGCGUGACCCAGGGCAAGCCUCCCCAAGAUGAAGCUCUCUCUGCUGGCGUCCCUUGUCGUGGUCUCCCUGACGGCGGCCCUGGCGAAGAGGGUUACUACGAGCAGCAAUUUGAAUUUCGUCACGAGCAACCCGAGGCAACUGCAGCGGAGCUCUUCGCAGAGGCUGCGGGCCACAGAGUACAAAUUGGAGAAUAAGAUUAUACGGGGGCCCCUCACUCCUCUGAACGAGUUCGUCUUGAUUCAGAAGGAUGAGGCGUACGACACGACGGAGGCGGGCGUCUUCAUCGGCGACACGUUGCGGAAGAACCAGUACAUCGGCAAAAUUCUAGGCGUGGGCACCGGAGCUGUGAACACCAAAAACGGCGAAAGAGUGCCGAUAGACGUCCAGGUUGGCGACGUCGUGAUCUUCAACCCGAGCGAUGGGACCAAACUCAAGUACAACGACAAGGAGUGCCUGCUCAUAUCCAACGAAGAAAUCCUGGCGAAAAUCAACGACGCCUCCGUGGAGGUGAGGCCAAACAACAUCACCCCCUUCUAUGACCGCGUGCUCAUCAAAUUAGUAGACACAAACGCAGCGUCCAGCUCCCUAGUAAUAAUGCCUGAGUCCAAGAGCGAUAAGUCAACGGACGGACUUGUUGUAGCGGUGGGCGAUGGCACCUACGACUCGAAUAAUAACAAAGUGCCAAUCGACGUACGCGUAAACGACUACAUCAAAUUUUCUCCCUUCUCCAACGAAAGCUGUGAGUUCACGUAUAACGGCGAGAAGUUCACCUUUGUGCGGGCGAGGUACAUCAUGGCCAAGUAUUAA